AAUAUCCAUUCAACUUUAAUGUUAAAUAUAUUACUAAAAAUAAUGAAACAUUUAUUAUUCGAAGAAGUUUACAUAAUCAUAGAACACCAAACUAUAAUUUUACAAAAAAAUAUAAUUUAAAAUUAAAACUUACUUAUUGUAAUAGUUGUGAUUCAUUAUUUAGACGAAAAUAUUGCAAAAAAUGUAAACGAAAACUUUUUAAUGAGGGAAAUAAUUUUGAUAAAGACAUUAUUAUUGAUAUUUCAGAUUAUGAGUCAACAGCAUCUGAAAAAUUUUCAACAUAUGAAAAUGAUAAUUUUGUCAUAAACGAUAAUAAUAGUGAAAAAAAUUAUUAUUGUAAUGAUUGUAAAGCAUAUCAUUUUUCUGAAUUUCAUAUUUGUGUUAGUAAAUUUGAAUAUAUUUUUAAACAAACCGGAAAAAUUGAUAAUAAUAAUGUAUUUUUUAAAGAUGUAACUUUUAACAAUAAUAUCUAA